AUGGUUCGUACUCACUCCGCAAAUGUCGCAAUCACCAGAAGAUUGAAACAGGAAAGAAUGACGCUUGCUUCUCAUUCGACGAUGGGUGCGCUGCAAUUCAGCGAAGAUGUCAUUAAGCAGCUUACACCCGAGGAAGUAGACGAGUUCCGAGAGGCAUUUAUGAUGUUCGACAAAGACGGCAACGGUACGAUAUCAACCAAGGAACUCGGCAUUGCAAUGCGAUCACUUGGGACAAAACCCUACUGA